AAAAAUAUUAAGUACAAAACUAAUAUACACUAUUUUUAUUAAGCAUAUAUUAUACAAGAAAAAAAAAAAAGUUAAGUGGCACCUCUGUAUUUUGUUUUUUCUGUCUUACAAAAAUUAUCAAAACUCCAUUCCAAAAAGUGCGCACGGGUAGGGAUAAAUAUAAAAAUUAAGUUAAAACAAGUCGGUUUCCAGAGAAGAAAGUAGUUACAUUAAAAAUAUAAUAAUUUACUUUAAUUAUCGUCAACAGCAAACCUCAAACUGUUCACUUUUUAGCAAAACGCUCUAUUUUGAUUAUCUCAGUUGAGUGUUUGCAUAAAAGUAUAUUUCCAUGACGGGUAGGAGAAAGCGUGGACGCCCACGUCGGGGCGAAGGACCAGCACUUGACGAUCUUGAUGUUAUGCUAGCACGAGAAUUCCAACAACGACCGGCCUUCUAUGACCGCACUCAUCCUCAAUAUAGAAAUAGAGAUUACCUUGAAGGCAUGUGGAUGGAUAUGGCAGAGAGUGUGGGCCAAAACGUUGGAAUUGUAAAAAAUCGUAUGGUUCAGCUGCGAAAUCGUUAUAAUUUGGAAAAACGUCGAGUUGAGAUGUUGCAAGACCAAUACAACGAUCCAAGUAUUACAUCGCAGUGGCCAAUGUACAAUUAUUUAACAUAUUUAGGUGAUCAUAUAAAACAACGUAGGUCAUUUACAAAAGAAGUUAUUGUAAGACCGAAAUCAGCGCCGUUCUCGAAUUCAAGUGAUUCUGAUGGCUGUGAUGAACCUAAUCCAUACCCGCCAUGUCCCCCAGUUGCUGCCGCCGUACAAGAGAGGCAAUUGAUAAGGGACUUAUCAAACAAUAUAAGCCAGUCAAAUAGCAAUGCCAACUACCAUAGCGCUCAACCACCUACCCCUGAUAGAGAAGAAGAUCGGAAUUCUAAUCCCAAUUCAAACUUUUGUAAAUUUAGAGCAUUUGGGCAAUUUUUAGCUUCAUCUUUGAUAGAAAUGAAUCAACGGGACGCAUUGCAUUUGGUGGAGAAGUUCACCAGCGAUUUGGUAAAAUCUUUACUACUUGAAACGCAUAAUAAAUCGUCCGUUGGUCAAGUGGAGGCUGUUGUAAAUGGACAUAAUUAAAAAAAAAAAUUUUAUCAUGCUUAUACGCAUGUUUGUAAGUGGGUACUGUUUAUAUGUAAGCAUUUGGAUUAAUUUUAUUCACAUAUGUCCUGGAGUUAGGUUAGGUGCCUAGAUUUAAACGAAUAUCUUUAUAAUUUGUUGCGUGUAAAAAAUGCAUGUCAUUUUGAAAAAAAAAAAAAUAAAUAAAUAUUACAUGGAAAUAAACGUCCGUAGCAG